GACUUUGAUGGUCCUAAUCAUAGACGAAGCACCGAACGAAGCCUCCCAUAAAGAAGAGACACGAGGAAGAAACAUGUUUUCAUCGGCUGUAACUACCAACUACCAAACUCAACAAAUCUGGGCGGAAUGCUCGAUGCUCUCCACUUUACUGAUGCAGACUUAUUCCUACUUCCCCCCUUUUAUCUUCUUCACAUUCACACCCUUCUCACCAACGUGAAUAACAACAUCAACAACAACUACUGUGUUAAGUCAGAAUACCUACCCCCCUCUCUCUUUCUCACAACCCUGAAUACCCCCCUCUCUCUCUCAAGAGUUCCAGCGCCACCAGCGCCCUCUCUGCUCAGAGCUGCUGUUGGCAUUGCCAUCUCAUCCUCGUUGUCAAGCCCGCCUCUGUCUUCGUCGUCGUCGGCCGCCCUGAACUCGUGUCUCUGUCCUCGUCUUCGAUCCCUCUCACGGCGAAGUGCGAACGUCCCUCUCUGCCGCCGUGGACUCUUCUCCUCGCCGUUGCAAACCGUUGCUCUUCGAACGGUUGCUCGAUCCUCUUCAAGCGCGUCCUCUCUCUCCGUGAAUCUCUACUCGAAGCCUCGCCCUCGCGAACUGAUCCUCUUGCGAGUUCACUCUCUGUCCAAUUUCAUUCUGUUACAGCCGUUCCUCCCUCUCCGUUCGACCCCGAUUAGACCAUUGAACUAUUAAAUCAGUCACUUGACCAGUUCAAUGGUUGGUUCGGUUCUUGCAACCUUGACGUAACUCUUCCUUGUGAUCUCAACUCUCCAGGUGCUGCACUCUUUCUCAUCUUUUCUAGCUUUG